UUUGCAGGGCUGUUGGGCAAAGGGGCACUAUGGACGGAGGUUACGUAGCCACCAGCCUUUACAUGCUCUCUUACGGCCUUCUGCCGAUUUCAUGAACGCCAGAUAUCCAAAAUCCUGAAUGCAACUACCUAGCCAACCAUGCAAUUCCGAGGGCCCAUAAUUCCCUCCUGUAGGAUGGCAGCAAGCCCAGGUAUCCCGGGCAAGCGGCUGUUGUCUAUCCGUGACAUGUCGUAUGUAGACCAAUACGUCAUUCAGUAUGUGAGGAUGCAAGGCCUCUAGUCAAUUCUCACCACAGCCCCUCCCGUUGCACGAAGGCCACUUGAAGUCUCUGGGUGCGACGCGUUAUCGAUCGCUCGCUCUGCGGGCUAAAUCCUCGAGUGCCUCUCGGCCCUGACCCAGGGAAACAUAAUUUAUCACACAUACGACGCUUCUGAAGUGCUGGCAGAUGAUGGCGCUCUCGUCGUGACGCCACCGCAAUCUACGAGUUCAUGAUCAAAGGGGGAUAAGGGAAAUUUCGAAUCUCCAGCCGUUUGGCUGAAUGGCUUGUUACAGGAUCUGAAGAUAUUGUGGUGGGUGCCCCUGGGGUUGCGGGCGGUCUGGAGAGGAUGGAGAAGGGUCAUGUCAACGAUUGGGCCAAUAUGCACGUAUAAGCAAGGCCGGUCUAGCGAUGCUCUAAUUUGGAAUUGUGGGCGUUUGUAGAAGAUCUCGAUGCGGAACAUGUUCCACCACCACCUCGCCAGCGUUCACCAAUCAGCUUGUCCGAUGCAGACCGGAACAUUGGCUUGCUUUUUGGCCCCGAGUUGCAAAAGCCGCGCAACAUUGCAAUAAUGGCCGAGAACUCGUGUUUCAUGCUAACCCUCAAGAGGAGGGGUCAGUUUCUAGGAGGACUGCUAUGCUGCAUACAUUCGCAAGACUACUCAGGUUUUUUUUCACUCCCAGCUUAUCACGGCGUCUAGGCGGCGCCGCCCUAUUGAAUCAGUUAUGACAGUCGUAUAUCAGAAUGCGCCCGGCAUGCCCCAUGAUCUCAUGCAGACCAUGCAUGGUAGUGCCACUGGCAUCACAUGUGCACCGGAGGACAUCUAGGAUCUGCACGACAUCACCGCCGUGCUGUGCCUUGUGCGAGCCCGCCCGUGACAGCGCCCCCGCAAGUGUGCAUUGAGCUUGGCAUGGUCAGUGCUGUAAGGGCGCAAUACCAAGCAAAACCGAGCGAGCUGCGAGCUGCCUCACACGUCCGCCCGUUAGCGGCCCAAAGUACUCCUUUUCAUCGCCGUAAUUUCAACAGAUGUCUUGGCACUGGCACCUCGACGCCCUCUCCGCGCCCGCUGGGGCCCCUGCUCGGCUUCAUCCCGCAUUAUGCGCGUCUCAUCGAGAAAGAGGAGCAAGAAGGGUUUGAAGGGUGCUAUAUAAGAGCCAUCCCUUCGCUGCCGCCACCAGAAACAUGCAGCUCUCUAUCGCAUCCCUCGUUCUCGCCGCCAUCCUCCCCGUCGCUUUUGCGGCCAACUGCCAGAACAGCGGCGGCGUCGCCAACGGCGAAUGUGUCAAGUUCUACGGGAACUCCCAGUGCAAGGGCGACCCGAUCGGCAGCUACAAGCCGACGUGCGCAGGCAAUUGCUUCAAGUACGACAGCUAUAGUAGCGUGUUCGUCUCCGGCGACGGGACGUACGGCACCGACUGCGUCCUGUACUCGGACGACAACUGCAGUGUCGAGCAGACUGAUACCGGCAAUGUCGUCGUCGGAGGUGGGAAGUGCGCCGCUGCUCCCAACGCAAAGAGCAUGAAGUGCUACUACCGCUGCUGAGCAUCGGACGCUCAGUCAACUAGGGGUGGCGCCCGCUGACUGCUCUAUGAGCAGCCCGCGCUGCUGGGGAUGAACCGUUGUAUAUUCGGGCUGAUUGGUGCUCUUGACCAUAUCACCGCCUAGUUCUGUCCUCGUACCCUGUUGACUCACGUACAAUAAUCUACUGUAUCUCCAUUGUGACUUCUGCUUCCCUAGGAUGCACCCGUGCGCACUCCUGGUUGAUCU